ACGCCGUUGGACCACCGUUCUCUAUUCCCCCAUUCUCUUUGUUUUCCUUCUCCCUCGUUCCAAUCUUUUCUACUCUGAAGUCGAAAUUUUGCGGUUUUGUAUUCUUUCGGAUUCCGACAUGGGACUAGAGGCGAAGAUCACUCCGUCGAUGCUGUCGUCGGAGGCUGGGCGCAUGCUCAACUGCGGCGCCGAUUGGCUUCACAGGGACAUUAUGUUUCUCUUUUGCGCAGGAUGGGUAGGUUUGAUGCGGCUUUGAGUGAACUUCAUGCAGAACUGUGCUUUAAGCUUGUUUCUUCUAGAUGGUUAUUAGUGAUACUUUCUCUGUAACCUCUAUUUAAGUACCUUAAGAUGUUUAUUUGUUAAUUACGUUCUACAGGCAUUUUGUCCCAAAUUUAUCAUUGGUGCUUCAGUUAUUGAGGGUUUAAGAAAGCAUUUAAAGAAACUUCUGUUUUGCAUUACCAUCUUUUUUAUUUUUGAGAAGCUCACAGUUCUAACUAGGCCUCAUAUCCUCCCUUAUCUACCACAGGGCAUAUCUCGCUUGUCACGUUAUAGUGACAAAUCCAAUUGCUUAUGUUGGGCCUUUGGGUAAAGCUGGUGCUUCAGGUUUCACCUUUCAUGUUGACGUCUCCGAAGAGAACUGGUAAGAGCUCAUCCAAAGAAUCUAGUCAAAGGGCAUGAGGCCUGAUCCUGGUGUGGCAUUAAAGGCUGGAACACCAGUUGAAGAAGUUAACCCCCUGUUGACAGUGAAAAUCCUGUGGAAAUGGUUCUUGUCAUGACUGUAGAGCCUGGAUUUGGUGGACAAAAGUUCAUGCUGGACAUGAUUGAAAAGGUGCCUUCUCAUCCAUUCGUUAUUGCUUUGUGAAUUUGAAUCUUAGAUUGCACCUUCUCUGCUAGCAACUUGUUAUUGUUAUUAAUUUUUAUUUGUUGUGUUUUUUUGGAUUUAUGUGCAAGUUUUAAGAAAGAAUUACCCAUCACUUGACUUGAUAUAGAGGUAAGUCCAUGUCUAUUAUAUAACCAUUUUCUUCAAAAUGAAGAAAAGAAAGAAAGAGAAUCUCUUAGUUUGAUCAUUUCAUCAGCUUCAUUUGCUUCUUCUUCUCAAUCGACUGGUGUAGAUAUGCAUAUUUCUCCAUAGUUGUAUUUUUGCAGCAAGGGGGUUUUAAGAUGCUAUAUACAAUUUUAAGGAAAAUUUUUCCUGAGCACAGAACUUAAAAGUUUUAAGGAUUAUAGAUUGCUUAAUUAUCUGUUAAAUCAUGUAAAACCUCUAAAUAUUUAGAAAAACCAUCUGGCUUUUGCAGUCCAAUUCCAAUUUGAGUGCAUCUACUUUAAGAAAAGGAGUAAAAGUAGCAACAUAACUAAUGCCAAUGCAUAUUUAAACAUCUGCUUCUCUGUUUUGCUGGUAGAUGGUGGUUUAGGGCCUUCAACCAUUGAUAUAGCUGCUUCAGCAGGAGGAAUCUGCAUUAUUGCACGGUCCUCAGUGUUUGGAGUCCCUCAGCCAGCUGAAGUUAUUUCUUUUUAGCGAAAGAUUGUUGUUGAAGCCCAGAAAAACUGCUGAUCUUGUUACAGGGAAGCUACAUUACCAUUGGAUGUCUAUCCUUAAAUACAUGACGAUAGAUUUUGUCUGUCAUUUGUUGAGGUUACAAAGUUAAAUAAAAUGAUAAAUUUGUA